AGUUUAUAUCUCUUACUACUUUUUUUAAUUUACUUUAUUUUAGGUUGGUUACUCUGUCCUGUCAGUUGGGCUGGGCCCAAGCAAUGUUUGGAUACGCCUCAUAGUUUAAAUUUUUAUAUUUUUUAUUAAUAUCCAAAAUGUUUUUACCAUUUAGAUCUACCUUAUUUAUUUUAUAUUUUAUAUAUGUGAACAUAGAUAUAAUUAGUGGAGAGUGUUUAAUACCUGCAAUUUUACGUGGUGCCUGGUUUUCUUGGGAAAAUGGCAAAAAUACCUUAACUGAAAUGGAUGAAGAAACUAAUUCAAGAAAAGGGAUUUGUGUAGAUAUAUUAAAGGAGUUCUCAACUAAUUAUACUGUAGUAUUCAAAAGUACAGAUAAUUGCUAUUAUUGUGUUAAAUUCAUUGUCAGGACAGUGAAUGUGUUGGAGAAGAUUGAAAGUGGUUGUGUUACAAUUGGACAAGGUGAUGAGCCAACAGUACCUCGUAUUUGCAGUCGAAAUUUAGAUCCUGAUCAGCAACUUGUCACUCUAUUUUCUGAAAAUUAUGUUCCAGUAAAUUGUAGAUCUAGCCUUGAAGGUGUUUGGAAGUUCAGUUAUCAGAACCGUUUCCGCUUUACUGGUGUUUGUGAACAUCCUGAUGCGUACAUUAAAUCAUGCCAGCAACCUGGAAACCAGUUUCUGAUAACUAAUCAGAAAUUUAAUAUAACAUACAAAAAAUGUACCGGAAUGGCUGGAACAUUUGAUGGAGUUGUUGAAUAUUCAUGCCUUGGUGACUGGUUUGUUGGUAAAAAUCAUUUCUUUGCUGUUGCAAAUACUAAAGAAUCACGUAAAGAUGAAAAAUAUCGAUGUUUUCUAAAGAAUAGAGAUGAUGAUCUAUACUUGGGAGUUUCAAUUACAGCAGAAUGUAAUACGUUAAAGACUGUAGAACGUAGCCCUGAAAGAUUAAAAGUAACUCCAGUCAAGGCUGAAGUAGUGGAACCUGGAUGCAGACUACCUCAGAAUUUUUCUGGAGAAUGGAUUAAUACUGCUAACAUUGAUGCCGAUGUUUCUAUUAAUGAAACACAUAUAAUUGAAACAUGGUAUCCUGAUGAAGGAAGAUACAGGAAAACAAUAUACAUCUGUCAUCAACAGAGAGAUACCAGGUUUAUGAUGGCUCGACUGACUGUUGAUGGGUGCCAGAAAGAUUACAUUUGUUUUGAUUUUGUUCCUCGUCAUCACAACGUUGUACGAUAUAGAAAAACAAUAGCAGUCAUUAAAGAUGACUUUUCCACAGUAUGUUCGUGGGUUCAAUUUAAAAAUAAAGAAGCUUGGAAAUAUGAUUUGUUCCUUGCUGCUGUGCCAGUUCCUGUUCGAUGCCCUGUUGCUGGAAAGUUCAACUUUACCCAAAGAGGAGACAUACCAUUUGAAACAAGAAUAUUGGGAGGUGUGACUCUCUCCCCACGUCCUUUCAUCUACUGUAAACAGAAUAUAUCUGAUUUUUCUGUCUGUGACACAGAACAAAAAGAAAUUUUUAUUGAUGAAAAUUACUGCCUUUCAGUUGAUCAUCUUGGACGACCAUUAGAUAUUUACAGUGAUCCUGAUUACAAAAUGAAAUGUAUUGGUUUUUGGAAAGAAAACCUUAAAUCUUACCUCAUUACAUAUGAUGAACUUGAUCCUUAUUCAAAAUACCGCUGUUGGGUAUAUCAACGGGCGGACUUAAACAGAGUGUUGAUGUCACAAGCUGUUGGUCCCAUAUGUGAUUUGAAGCAAGAUGUUACUUCAUGGAACUUUACUGAAGGAGCUGCUGUGGCAGUUGAUAUGACUGAAUAUGAAAGAGAAAGAGAUCAGUGUCCAAUGUACUUUGAUGAUGGCGCCAAUCCCUGGCUUCACUCAGAAAACUAUAUAAAAAUAUUUCACUUUGGUACCUCAUCGGGAAAAAGGUUAGAAAAAGAGUUAGAAGUUGUUUUACCAUUUUUACUGAUCGUUUUUUUGUUUAAUCAAUUGUCGUAACUAAAUUGAAUCUCGAUUAUAUUUUUAAGUAAUAUUUUAGUUCAUGAAAUGUUUUACUAAUAACUUCAUGCCAAAAUUAUUUUUGAUAUUAUCUGUUUAGAGGUGUUUAAUGAGAUCACAAUAUUUUUAUUAAGUUUUAGGUUAAUGAUAGUUUUUUAAAACUUAUAUCUCUGUCAUCAUGAAAAUUAAAAUAUUGGCUAAAAAAUACUGUACACGUGUUACUCUAAUGUGACGACUGGUCCGAGAUCUCAUGAUCAUGCUAUAAACUAGGAUUCCGAGAAUAGCUGAGGAUUGACAACAUGUUCAGUAUAAUCUCCCUUUAUUUAGAUCGCGAUUCAUGACUUCUGCAUACUCGCAGCUGGUCACUUUCAGUUAAAAUUGGGACAUUAAUUAGCUUUAAUUGCAUUGCUACUUUCGAUUCCCGUUCACUUUAAAGGAAGUAACAAAUUCCUUUUCAUUUGAGGUCAGGACCUUACCAGACAAUUUGGUCACUUCUACUUUUGAAAACACUCGGGAUUCCAUUUAUGGUUUGAUGAUUGAUUCUUGUGCCACCUAUCAAAGUGGAGUGACACUUGCACAGUAAUACCUUGGUCUUAUUUAAUAUAAUUUUAUAGAGGUACAGACUGUAUUGUUUUGACGAUCUGCUUAUGAUGUAGUGAUGUUAGAGUUUAUUCAUUUAUAGGAAUUGAAAAAAAGGACAAAAAAAUGAAAAUUUAAUGUUUGUCUAUCUUAUAAGUUCUUAUAUUGGUUGUUUAGCUUUAUUAAAAAUUAUAUUCCAGUUUUUGUAUUAAUGUUUUCUUUUGUUAUUUAUAAUUUAUAUAUUUUUAACAAAUAUAUUAGGAAUAGAAUAUAACACUUUAAAAAAUAUCUUUGUAUCGGUAGUGUGUUGUAGUGGAUUAAAAAUAAAAUGUUUCAUGAUCUAGAAGGUUAGGUUUAUUCUAGAUUUUUAAAUGGGUAAUCAAUUACCCCCUGUAAUCUCAUGCUUCUUUAAAAAAUAUUUUUCUUUAAUAAAUAUAAAAUACGAGAGUAUAGAAAUCAGAAAGCAAGUUGUGAUGAAUUUUUUUUCUCAAAAAUUAAUAUUUAAAACUAAUUUGGUCAAUAUUUUAUUUUUAAUUAGUAGUUUAAGCCAUCCAUUAAAUUUAUUUAAUAUAAUAGGAACAGUUUGUGUUUUAAUGAGACUGUUGAUGAGCCUUAGCUUUUUUUUAUGUCUAGAAGUGAAAGAUGAUUUGCUAAAUUUGUGUCAUGAAUUAGCUCUUAUAUUUUUCUUUGCACCAAAACUAAAAGGGUAAAUUAAUAACUCGUAUUGAAUACUUGAUUUUCAAGCGUGGAUAUAUCUUUCUACAAUUAGGAAUUAAGGUUCAUGCAUGUAGUAAUAUAAAAUAAAUUUACUUAUUUAUACAUUGAAAUAUGGGAUUCUUAAAACACAAUUGAGGCAAUGUUUAAAAGGAGAGAUUAUAAAUUAUUUAUCCUUUUUAUAACCCAUCUUUAUAAAGUUUCACAAAAUUUUUUCUAUAAAGCUCACCAAGUUUAAAUUUGUAAUUCGAUCAGUAUCACCAUAUUUAUGUCCUGGGAUGAGCUUCAUCCACGAGUAAGUCAUUUCUAAAUGUAGCUGUUUUAUUGAAUUGAAUUUUCAUUAUUAUAAGUCUAUGUUUUUAAUUGUUAAAUAUUCUAAAACAAAAACAUAUUUAAAAAAUAUGACGUUUUCGUACAUGAAAUAAGAGUUUUUUGUUUUGGUUAUCAAAUGCAAUAAUGAAUGAUCUGAUUAAGUAAAUAAUGAAAAAACAACCAGGUUGUUACGGUGGAUGAUCUAUAGUCUAGAAAUAAUUUAAUAUUCUUUGUACCUAAUAAGACAGAUUUGUGAUAUUCAUCAGAAUACUGAUGUGAUGCCUUCAACAAAAUAAGAAAAAUUUUAUCUACAAUUCGUACAUUUUGUAAAUAAGAUUUAUUCAUCAAAGCUUUAAAAUGUAACAUUAGUCCGUCCUGUAUAUUACACUAAAUGUAUAUUUUCAAAAUCUCUUAGUAUGUACAUAUUUUUCUUUAUUUAAUUAUAUAUAAAAUAAUAUUCCAUUUUUAUAACCAUUUGUUUGUUUAGAAUUAAUGUUUUUUUUUUUUUUAAUACUUUGCAACAUUUGUAUGAAUUACAAAUAAAUUUAUUGUAAAAAAAAGUUUAAUAAAAACUAUUUUGGUUAAUUUUGUUAUAUAGUUUAACAAUGAUAUACAAUCAAGAUAGAUUUCCCAUGACAUUCAUAUUCAGUAACUGAGAACUGUUAUGCAAAAACCCAUUAAUUUUUUUUAGAGCAAUUGCCUGAUAACCUGUUCCCCUUAAACUAAUUUAUUAUGAAACCUCAAUGGAUAAUGCUGAAAAUGAACAGGCUAAUACUUGUGCAAAACAUACAUUGCCUGGUAUAAACCAAAGUUCAAAAGAUAAAAUAAUUACGAGUUCACAUUCGGGUGGCAUGGGACUUUUAACUCUGCCAUUAAUCCCCUUUCCUCUGCCCCAGAAAAAUUCUCAUUUUUUAUUCAGUCAUCUGUAAUAUAAAAAAAAAAUGGCUUUCAGCAUAACAGAGCUCUUUUGUUUUAUAUAUUUUAAUAUCAUUCAAAUGUUUAUAGCUAAUUCUGUUUUUUAUUAAUAGAAAUGCUCUUCUAACUACAAAAAUUGCAAUUAUUAAUUUUAAAACUUCUAAUUUGGUUUAUUUAUUUUUCAGAUAAUUUUUUAUAAAUCAGAACUCAGUACUUUAAGUUAAACUGUUUCACUUCUGUUAUUCAAUGUAUAAAAUUGGGUUACUAAAGAUUGUUAUGCAUUAGUUAUCAUUUUCAUGUUUUUUAUCUCUCUAAUAUGUACAAAUUAUGUUAAUAUUUUUUAUAUGUACAAUUUUUCUUUAUAAAAAUAAAAUAUUGUGUUAUAUAUUGCUAUAUCCAAC